AUGGAUGACUUGAUGCGACUGAAGGAUACUCUGUUCCAAAAUUACACCAAGGACUUCCGGCCGGUUUAUAAUCUGAGUUCCGCCUUGCAUGUGGCAAUGGACAUGUUUUUGAUUUCAAUUUUAGAUGUAGACGAAGUAACAGGGACAAUCACACUAAACAGCGGGCUUACUUUGACAUGGACCGAUUAUCGUCUAGCGUGGAACUCAAGUGACUUCAGCGGUAUCACCUCUUUUGUGUUCAACUCAUCGAAUGUGUGGAAACCGCGAAUUUACGUUACAACCACCGCUGACGAUUUGUCUGAUUUUUCUUAUGACGCGUUUGAUGUACGGGUAUUUUCUAAUGGUAUAGUGACGUGCUCGCCUGGCCGGCAUUUGAGGGCAUCUUGCAGCUUUGACAUGACAAAAUUCCCGAUGGAUUCGCAAACAUGCAUUUUGCAGCUCGCAUCAUGGAUAUACACGGCUAAUGAGAUGCUUUUCAUCAUCUCACGUCCAGAAAUCAACUUAGCUUACUACAAACCUAACGGGGAGUGGGAUAUCAAAUGGACAUCUGUCAAAAACAACACGGACUUAGGAACACUUUUUUCCGUUAUAGAUUUCACAAUUCAGCUCGCCAGACGAUCUGCGUACUUCAUAGUAUCGAUGACGUCACCUGUUUUGCUUUUGUGCGUCCUCAACCCGUGUGUGUUUCUUCUGCCGGCUUCGUCAGGAGAGAGAAUAUCCUACACAAUCACCAUGUUUUUAUCUCUAGCUGUAUAUAUGACACUUAUUGGAGAAAACAUGCCCAACAUUUCAGAUCCAAUGGCUGGUAUUUCAUAUCUUCUCUUGGUGGCUAUGUUGUAUAGUUGUUUGCUAAUUAUGUUGACGAUAUUUACGCUACGUUGUGAUGCAUUAGCGGACGUGGAUAAGUUCCCGGGUUGGUUAUUGUGGCUAGCCUGUCGAUGGGGUCGAAGCAAAUCGAUCACCCCCAUCAAUAAAGUCGACACAAAUACCAACAUGCAUGUGGAAGAGUUUGAUAAAGAAGCUGGUGUGAUAAAACCUCGCGGAGAUCGGACACUGGACAGGAAAAUGAGCAAGGAAGAUAUUAUGAGUUUUAUUGACAAAAGUCUUUUCUUCAUGACCCUUUUCAUGAAUACUUCUACAUGGUCUGCAUUUGCGAUAUACUACUGGAUUUGA